AUGUGCGUUUGCUUUGGAAUCGUAUACACAUUAAGUUCCUGGAAAGCUUGGUUGGUAAGAAGAAAACCAAUUAGAAAACUCAUGCAUGAAAUAGUAAUUUUCGAAAAUAACUUAAAACAAGAGAAAGACCAGCAAUUUUAUCAAAUAUACGUAGAAGAAAGUCGAAACAGCUUCAAACUAGGAAUACUUCUACCUAUAGCUUGUUUAGCUUGUGGUGUUAACGAAGUGACAACGUUUAUCAUUAACUUUAUGGACUGGAAAGAAAAAGAAGCUAAAGGGUUAGAGACUGGACGAUCAUUGAUAUUUCCAGAAUGGUUUCCGUAUUAUAAUGAUAACUAUUUUAAUGCGUAUUAUUUUUAUCAGGUAGCUGCAGUAUUUUUCUGUGAUCAGUAUAUCUCUUGCUCAGACGCCCCAAUAGUUUCUCUGAUAAUGUUUGCCUCUGUUAGAUUUAGAGUACUUGGGCGAAGAAUAGAGACUUUUUUUAAAAAUGGCGAAACAGAUCCUAUUAAGAAUAUGAAGCGAUUAAGAAAACUGAUUUUGGAACAUAAAGAUAUAAUAAGGUUAGUGGUGUUCCCCUUAUAG